CUUAUUGGACAAGACAUCACUGAACAACAGCGUAACCUUGCUAACAUGGUGGCAAGAACAGAGCAGUACAAGCGCAAACACUUAGAGCUGGGGCACAGAGUUCUCCAGGUGAUGGUUCGUCAGGAGAUCUACAGGAAGCUGGGCUAUGCCAUCCAGGCAGAUGAAGAACAACUGAGAGUUCAGUUAGAAGCUUUGCAGGGGGAGCUGAAUGCACCCACACAAUUCAAGGGACGCUUGAAUGAGCUCAUGUCACAAAUUAGGAUGCAGAACCAACUUGUUACAUCAAGGAGUGAGGCCAAUUAUCAGUUGGAUACUGCCAUGCAGUUAGAAAUAAGACAGCACUUGAAACAGCAACAAGAAGGACUGCAACAUCUUAUCAGCAUAAUUAAGGAUGAUAUGGAGGAUUUGAAGUUAAUAGAGCAGGGGUUGGUUGUUGAUGUUAAACAACAAAAAAGGUGAUCUCAAAAGACCUGCAAGCUACCAAAACAGAACACAAAACAACCAAUGAAGAAUGAAGACAUUUUCUUUUGUAAUAAAUGGAUCUCUGAGAACCAAUAUAUAGCCACAAGAUAGUGAAAACAAAGCAAAGAUGGCAUAGUUUCAAUGUAAAAGAGAAAUAAUGAAAUAUGACAUCACUGAAAACAGUAAAGAUUGUUACAGAUUCUAAAUGAAAGUUAAUGGUGACAUGUAUUUAUAUAGAAAUAAUAUUAUACAUGAUAAAUGUGAAGAAGUGACAAAGCCCUUUAUUUUAUUUAUAGUGUAGCAUUUCAGUAACAAACACAAUUGAAAUAAUGUAUACCAUAAAAAAGUGACUUUUGUUGGUGAAUUGUUUUAUAAUCUCUGUAUGUUUCAUGGCAGUGUGAUAAUAUCAAAACAAUUACUAUUCCAAGUUUUUAAGAGCUUGCUUCUUUUUGUAUUGUUUGACAUUUUGACUGAUCCAAGAAUGCUUUUGUUUUUAACUUGCACAUGCUUUUGAGAAAAAAAAGAAUUUUUGAAAAAGAAAUAUGCAUUGUGCAAAAAAUUCUUAAAAGAUUGUUGUAUAGUUUUACAUAUCAGUGAUCUUAUAAAAGAUGGAAAUGUUAUUAACAAGAUUUCAUCUAACCAUCAUAAAACUUGGUUUUGUGGGUCAUUUUUACAGAAAAAAACCAUCCAGUAAUUAAAAGACAGUUUUGUA